AUGAAAAGAAAAGGUGUAAAGGGGUUCUGCGCACAAGCAGCUUCUGAUACUUCAGAAGGGGCAGUUAGCAGUUUUUGGAAAAAAGUUAAACUGCUGCUACUAGGGGAUAAAGCAUGCUCUGAUACUUACUCUACCUCACUUAUUGACAAUGGUCAGAUAAUUCCAGAUCCAGCAAGGGCCUUCAAUGAAUAUUUUAGUACUCCUGUCAUAGAAGAUUCAGUCAUUGAACGCAUCAUACAAGAGUUUGAAAGCCACCUCAGUGUUGCGUUGAUUAGAGGCAAACAUGAUGAUCUUGCAUUCUCAUUUGAGCAUGUUUCACAGUCGAACGUAGCUUAUAUACUGGUUCCAUUGGAUGCCAAUAAAUCCACUGGCCCUGACGGGCUU